AUGAAGGGCGUUCUUCUAGCAUGUGUCGUUGUCUCCAUAUUCGGUUGUAUUGUGUCUGACGAAGCUGAUCAUGGACUUGAUCCAUUUGAAAAAGUUUUGGGGAUUUUACAUGUACGAAACACGAGCUCUAUUUCGCUGACCAGUCUUGAUGCUUUGAUAGUGCAACUUUUCGGGAGAUUUAAAUGUCCAACACCGACUGUAGCACCAACAGCCAGCGGUCAGUGUCUUCACCCAUUGUGUCUUAAUAGCAGUGAGUUAUUCCUGGCCCUUGGAAUCGCUGAUGGACAAGACCUACUAGAGGACGAUUUCGGUAAACUGUCGACAAUGCUACUGUUCCACGUGCUGACCUUACAGGAUUACUGCUAUCAGUCCGUUACAGUCGCUGAUAAUCAUACACUCUACAAGACAAGGCUGCUGCAGAUUCUAGACACGAAUAAAGGCGACAACAUUCAAUUUGGUGAACUGUCUUUUGUACUGAAUGAUUUAAAAGAGGUAUACGAUGAUGAUGACCACGAUGACGACCACAAUGAUGAUCAUGACGACGACCACGAUGACGCCCACGAUGAUGAUCACGAUGACGCCCACGACGAUGAUCACGACGAUGAUCACGAUCAUGAUCACGACGAUGAUCACGAUGAUGAUCACGAUGACGACCACGAUGACGACCACGAUGAUGAUCACGAUCAUGAUCACGAUGACGCCCACGAUGACGACCACGAUGACGACCACGAUGAUGAUCAUGAUGACGAUGACGACCACGAAAACGAAAUUAAGUCAAUGGCAACACAAUCACAGUGUUUCAGUACCGGUCAGAUAUUUGAUGAACUUCAUUUAAACAUUAAAGACGGUCUGGAUUUGGAUUUUGUUGACGAUAUGUCUGCUUUGCUGAUAUACCAUUUCUUGGCCAAGGACCAACUGAACCUAAGCGGAUGUAGGUUAUUACCUAGACCAGAUUUCUUAAAUCGUAAGGUUGAACAAUUCAUUGAUGUUACAAACAAGACUUUCAAGCUUAAAGCGUUGAAGAAACUUAUGUUAACGCUUGAUCUGGAAGGAACUAGCAGUAUGCCGACUGAUGAUGCUCAUGAUGGCCACGACCAUCGACGCCGUAAGCGGGCUGCUACAACAGAAACAGACAUGCAAGCUUUCGAGUCCACCCGCUGCUAUGGUGCUGGUGAUGUACUAGCCAUGCAUGGAGUAACCGACGGCAGCGCCAUCCCUGUCCAAACCCUGUAUGACCUUUGUCCGUCCUUGCUCUAUCUUAAGACGUACGACGCAUGCGUGCCUCCAAUUGCCAACAAAUCAUCAGAAGUAUCCAGCUUGUCUGAAGCCGAAAAGUAUGGCUACAGUACCUUAGCUGUUCUCAUCAUCUGCCUGUGCUCACUUGGUGGAAUCGUCCUUAUCGGAUGCACAGAAAGGUCUUCGCUAUACCACGGUGUCAUGGCGUCCUUUAUUGGCUUGGCUGUUGGUACCCUACUGAGUGACGCACUUCUUCAUCUGCUGCCUGCGGCUUUUGGGAUUCACAUUGAUAAUCCCGGGGAUGAACAUGACCACGGAGAAGGGAUCUUCGUAGAGCCGUAUGUUUGGUAUGCUUUGGCGACAAUUGCAGGUCUCUACGCCUUCUAUUGGUUGGAGAUGAUAAUGUCUCUCUUCAGAGGAGGGUCAAAUUACGCCCACAAUCAUUCCCAUAUGACAGCUGAUAUGGAGAUGGGACAGGGAAAGAUAAAUCAUGGUUUUGAUUCUUCGUCAAAAUCCACUCUCUACUCUGUUAGUGAGAGCAACGGUACUUAUCAACCAGAGGAAGUGACGGGGAAAAAAGGGUGGUCAACAGUUGUCAUCAUGGUGUUAUUCGGAGACUCAAUCCACAACUUUGCCGAUGGUCUUGCCAUUGGUGCGGCCUUCACUCAGUCCGGCCCUGUGGGCUUGGCCACUUCCAUUGCCGUCUUCUGUCACGAGCUACCUCAUGAAUUAGGAGACUUUGCCAUCUUGAUGAAUGGAGGCGUGUCUAGGAUGAAAGCGCUCUGCCUGAAUUUCCUGUCUUCUCUCACAGCAUUUAUUGGCCUAUAUGUGGGCGUGUCAGUCGCCACAGACAACGUUGUCCGACAGUGGAUAUUCGCCGUCACCGCUGGACUCUUCCUCUACAUUUCCUUGGUCGACAUGAUUCCAGAAAUGAUAUCAGGAGUUGUCAAUGCCAAGAGGAAACUAAUGUUUCUGUUCCUUACAAACUGUGGCUUCUUGACCGGUGUUUUCAUCCUGGUGCUUCUGUCGAUCUUUGAACAUCAGAUAAAGAUCUGA